AUGGAUGAUGCCAAUGAGGUUGCAUUUAUCGUCGAUGAAGUUAGUAAUAUAAUUAAAGAGAGUAUCGAAGUGACAAUCGGCUCACAAUCAUAUCAACAAGCAAAAAUAAAUACGUGGACAUCAAAUAUUGUUGAAGCCAUUCUAAAUUCGUUAACAAAAUUAAAUAAGCCAUUUAAAUAUAUUGUCUCGUGUGUUAUUAUGCAAAAGAAUGGUGCUGGUUUACAUACAGCUUCGAGUUGUUUUUGGGAUAAUUCAACCGAUGGAUCAUGUACAGUCAGGGAUGAUAUAGAUGAAAUAUUUUCUUUUGUAAUAGAACGUCAGUUUGCAUAUAUUUUCUUUUAG